UCUCAAGCUCAAGCCUCGGCAGCAAGCUCACAGCGAGCUCACCGUAAACCCAUAGCAAUCAGUAGCUAACAUUGUAGAACGCCACCCGGGUGCGCAUAGUACUAGUAGUCAUCCUCAUUGCGGCAUCACCGUUGCGACAUACUCCACUGGCAGACAUACUCGGCCUUCGCCCAUUCUCUUGGCCAGUACCGUCGUGCGCUAUGAAGUCCGCCCCUGCGCAGGCACGGAACCGUGCUGCUCUUGUUCGCGACGAAGAGUUAUGGUUUUCUGACGGCAAUUUGAUGCUCGAAGCAAAUGGUCACGUCUUCAGGAUAUACCAAGGCCUACUUGCUCAAAACUCCGAGGUGUUUCGUGACCUGUUCACCACCCCUCGAUCAACAUAUGUGGAGACUUUUGAAGGAUGUCGUGUUUUCCACCUGACGGACCGGCCGGAGGAUCUUCGCCACCUUCUACGAGUCGUAUAUCACGGCAACAGGUACUAUCGCCCCGACGAACAACUUGACUUCGCGACUGUUGCCGCGCUCGUCCGAUUGUCACACAAGUACCAAAUCGAUCACAUUCGCGACACCUAUCUCUCGCGGAUGAAAUCCUGCUUCUGUACCGAAUUCGAGACCUGGGUCACUGUCAGCCGCGAUGGUGGUAGCCCUGUCAUGAAGUUCGGCACCGCAGACGCUAUCUCUGCCGUGGACAUAGCGCAUCUCACUGGGGCGGAGUCUAUGCUUCCCACCGCACUGUAUUCUUGUUGCCAGCUCAAGGCGGAGCACCUCAUUAGUGGUUGUCCUCGCCCUGAUGGUACUGUUGAGUACCUCAGCCCAGUGGACACCAUGAAAUGCGUCGAUGCUCGCCAAACGCUAUAUCAGAAGGCCAUCACUACUGGCCUCGAGAUAUUCUCUCCUCUGGCACCAUCGCCACUGUGUUUGGACCGCGUGCAAUGCGGCCGAGCAAUCCAAGCCCUUCGUGGCAGGCAUUUGCGCUUCCCUCCGGCAGAUGUGAUCGCCACGACUCUCUCACCCAAGCAUCUUAUGUUCUCCUCUCUCCCAACCGAGGAACGUCUGUAUGUGUGUCCAGAGUGCGCGGAUUUGAUUCGCGAAGCAGAAGAGCCGACGUACAGAAAGAUCUGGGCCGAACUUCCUCGGCUCCUGGGUAUUGAAACACCGUCAGACUGGCCUACGGCAUAGCUUAUGCACGUCCCCGCUGCGUGGGACUUCAUAUAUAUAUGGUGGUGUCACGAUAUAUGUGUUCAUUUUUUGGAUCACGGGCUUGAGAGUGUGGUUAGCUAUUUGAACUCGUGAGUGGAUGUAGUUGUAGUCUGCAAGUUACGUUUCUACACAGAUCUGCGGGCAGUGCGCUGAGCAAUCGUAUACCGAUCUCUAUUUACGGGCGGUCGCACCCAGGCGUUCGAGGUUCACGACAUUCAUACUUAUAGACUGUUGACGG